AUGAUCAGGAAGAGGAACUGGAUUGCUGCUAAAAUUGGAGAUAUUCCUCACUUGAAUAAUUCUACAACACUUGUGGACCCAUCCGUCUACGGUUAUGGAGUGCAGAAACGGCCCCUGGAUGAUGGAGGUCUCCGUGUAGGUGGGCUCCAUGGAGCACAGAUAAGAGACACAGAGAGAAUAGGUAACCAGUUAGGGGCCCUGGUACAUCAAAGGGCUGUAAUAACAGAAGAGUUCAAAGUGCCUGAUAAAAUGGUUGGAUUUAUAAUCGGCAGGGGAGGUGAGCAGAUCUCACGGAUUCAGGCAGAGUCUGGCUGCAAAAUUCAAAUUGCUCCAGACAGUGGUGGGAUGCCCGAGAGGCCCUGUGUGCUCACCGGGACACCAGAGAGCAUUGAACAAGCAAAACGGCUACUGGGGCAGAUUGUAGAUCGCUGUCGGAACGGACCUGGUUUUCACAACGAUGUUGAUGGCAACAGUACGAUUCAGGAGAUUUUGAUCCCGGCAUCCAAAGUGGGUCUAGUCAUCGGCAAAGGAGGUGAAACAAUAAAACAGUUGCAGGAGCGAACAGGUGUGAAAAUGAUUAUGAUCCAGGACGGUCCGUUGCCUACCGGAGCAGACAAACCUCUCCGUAUCACUGGAGAUGCAUUUAAAGUACAGCAAGCGAGGGAAAUGGUACUGGAGAUCAUCCGAGAGAAAGAUCAGGCAGACUUCCGAGGCGUACGCAAUGAUUUCAGUUCUAGAAUGGGAGGAGGCAGCAUAGAGGUCUCUGUGCCCAGGUUUGCUGUUGGAAUUGUGAUAGGAAGAAAUGGAGAAAUGAUCAAAAAGAUUCAGAAUGAUGCUGGAGUUAGGAUUCAAUUUAAACCAGAUGAUGGGAUUAGUUCUGAAAGAGUCGCACAGGUCAUGGGGCUUCCUGAUAGGUGUCAACACGCAGCACACAUCAUCAGUGAGCUCAUUCUCACAGCACAGGAACGAGAUGGCUUUGGGAGUUUGGCUGUAGCCCGAGGAAGAGGUCGUGGCCGCGGGGACUGGAGCGUUGGAACCCCUGGGGGGAUGCAGGAAAUAACCUACACGGUGCCAGCCGAUAAGUGUGGUCUCGUUAUAGGCAAAGGUGGUGAGAACAUCAAGAGCAUAAAUCAGCAGUCAGGAGCCCACGUUGAGCUCCAGAGAAACCCACCUCCAAACACAGACCCUGGUGUACGAAUAUUCACAAUCAGAGGAGUUCCCCAGCAAAUUGAACUCGCAAGACAUCUCAUAGAUGAGAAAGUUGGUGGUACCAGCAUGGGUGGACCUGGAGGAUUUGGUCAAAGUCCGUUCAGCCAAGCACCCGCUACACCUCAUCAAAAUGGUCCCCAGGCGUUCAUGACGCAGGGUUGGGGCAGUACCUACCAGACGUGGCAGCAGCCUGGACAGCAAGUCCCAAGUCAUGCUGCCAGCGCUGCUUCUCAGGCAAGUUCCCAGCCGGACUACACGAUGGCGUGGGCAGAGUACUACAGACAGCAGGCUGCCUACUACGGGCAGACACUAGGGCAGGCUCAGGCCCACAGCCAGGAGCAGUAGAACAAGGUCCUCGUGGCAAUUUUGUUUUGUUGUUGUUUUUUUUUUUGUUUUGUUUUGUUUUUUUUUUUCUUGGAAUCAUUGUGGAAGAAAACCUUUUUGUAACAGAGGUUUCUAGAUUUGCAACAUUUUGAUGAAGACUUUUUCUGUUUGUUUGUGAAACACUAGUUGUAGGAUAAUCUAUACUGAACUUUUCUAAGAAUCAGGAACAAUUAGUCAUGUACUAAACUUAUGGACAUGCUGGUAAUUUUGUUUCCAAAUUUGUAAAAAAAAAAAACAAAAACAAAACUCCGGGAUUCUUUUUGGAGAGAAGCCAGAGAAUUUACAGGCACCAAAACGCACCCCAGAGCUGUGACAUUUCAACAUGUGGGUUUUUUUUGUGUGUUUUUUCCUUUUUAAUUUUCGAUCUUUUCUGUUGCAACAGAAAGAGUGGCUUGGAAGUCUUAGGUGGUAUGUAACAAAUCCUAAAAAGAAAAAAAAAAUUUUAAACAGUAUUUAAAUAUUCUUAAAUAUGUAAAUUCAUUAAAUGUUUUACUUCUAAUUUCUUGUAUCUUGGCUGUCUUUGAUUUUAUUGCAUUUUUUUAAAAACUGAACUAUGAUAUGUAUUGUAAUUAAUUAUGUGAAUUCUGUAUUGAGACAGUUCCUGUUUUGCUGUCAGGCAAGUUAUGGGCGGGGGGGGACAUUUUGUAGGGUUUGUAUAAUUUCUAGAGUCUAAAGGGGUAAUAUAAAAACGUGUUAAUUUUUUUAGCAAUACAUUUUUUCAUGUCUCCAUUGCUAGUUGCAUUUAUGUAUCUAAGACCUCCAAGCUUGUUUAAAAAAAAAAACCAAAACAAAAAAAAGAAAAAAACUUUCCUCUAUGCUCUCAGAAAUAUAAAUACUGUUAUUUUUAAUAUUAAAAUGAAUCUGCUAUUAGUACCUUUAACAAACACUGUGGAACAUAAAACCAUAUAAAAGGUAGUAACUAUUUUUUAAUUCCAAGGUGUUUUUUGCUUUUUCAUUUCUUUUAAAUAUUUUCUUAUCUAAUAUUUGUCAAAUUACCUAGAGAAAUAAAUGAAUCUAGUAUUAACCACAGUAUGCGCUAAAUAAUUUUGAUUUAAUAAAAGGGAUAAUAUGAUUUCCAAUGUUUACUGUAGUGUUUCUUGUACAGAUAACAGUGUAUUUUUAAAGGAAAAACGGAAUUGAAGCUAUUUUUUCUUGCAUUUUUAAUUGCCCUACGGGACAUUCCGUUUUGAAAUGUACUGAAUUUACAGUUCUUGAGUUCUUUCCUUAUUUUUUUUUUCUCCUUAUGCUUGAAAUGUCUAACUAUAAAGAAACGCGAUUGGUUAAUGUCGAGCAUGGUGUUUAAAAAGAAAAAAAAAGUGUUCUUUUUAUUUGACUGACAGUUGCAUUUUACACUCUAUAUAAUAAAAUUUCCACAAGGUGUCUUGUGGGCGAAGUA